GAGAUCGAAGUAGAAAGUUUAUAGAGUGAGCCUUGGCAUUUUUUGAGAUAUUUGAAAGCGUGAGAAGAGAGGAGAGGAAGAUCGAGCAGAUUAGAUUAGUUUAAUCGUUGAACACGAAAUUCGUGAAUUACUUUUGCAAUAGGUAUUACAAGUAUUACGAUAUAUCUACUUGUAUCAACCCAUGUCUCACUUCACUUCGAUAACUUAUCGAUUUAGCUAUUAUCACGUAGAAGAACUGCCAUUUAUCUGAACUCCAUUUGUUCGAGCGGAAUUGUAGUUAAUACUCGAUUAACUGGACCGGUGUUACGAUUCGAUUCACUCGUUCGAGCACGAUUAGUACUUUCUGUUACUUGGAGGAAAAAUUGCAGUAAUGAAAGGAACGUUGGUAAUCCUUCUAAGCGUUCUCUGCAUGAGAGCGUCGGGUUUACCGAACGGAGCACCGCCAGGCUCGUGCGAGGAUCUGAUGCCUCGUCAUCCUGGAAGCUCGUACCAAGAAACUUACCCUCCACCUUACCAAGUUUUACCAGCUGCAGGACAAGGCAGAGUCCGCUUAAUUCUAGGAAGCCCUCACGGCCUUGCCUACGAGGGUUUCAUGAUACUUGCACGUGACUCACAGACCGGUGAAUUCGUCGGAGAGUUCGCCAACUUGCCCGAUUUGGCAAAGAUCGUCGAGUGUACACCAGGUGUUAAGAUCCACGAUCGCGCAGGAUUACAGUACGUACUGGGUCGGCGUGGAAUCGCCGCAAGUUAACGUUCGCAAGCGAUCCAUCGACGUAUUGACCCCGUCUACUCCGAUCAGCACGCCGAGAACAACCACGCCGCCCUAUUACAGCCCGACCGUCGAUUACGAGACGAAGGCUGCUGAGGACCCUUUCUACACCGGAUGUGGCUCGACGAAGAAUUGCUUCGGCAGCCCUUCAGGAUGCGUCGAAACAAAAGAUUGUAUCGCGGCAGUCAGUGUGCUUGUGCGAGGUGACCGAUAUCUGUUUGAAUUACAAGCCCGCGAUAGUAAAUAUGUCGCCGUUGGCUUAUCAGACGACAGUAAAAUGCAAGAAGGAGCAGUCCAAUUGGAGUCGAGUGCUAUCAACGAUGGUGUAAUCACGUGCAGAUUUUGGAGAGAGAAAACCACUGUCGUUCAGGGCCGUGAGUUCGAUCUCGUCAAUACACCGUACAAUCUUCUCGUGGCUGCUGGCAAAGGUUUAAGAAAUAACGGUGUCGGAUUCCACGACACGGCGUACGGCGCUACCGGUGACGCAAAAUUAUUAGCCGACGUCGGUGGUUUCACUACCGCCAGCAACAUCCUAAUUCGUGUUCACGGUGCACUGAUGUUGGCGUCCUGGAUCGGGACAGCGUCGAUCGGCAUCCUUCUGGCCAGAUACUACAAACAGACGUGGGUCAGCUCGCAGUUGUGCGGAAAGGACCAUUGGUUCGCCUGGCACAGAUUCUUUAUGAUACUCACGUGGUCGAUGACGGUAGCGGCUUUUGUAAUAAUAUUCGUCGAAUUGGGUGAAUGGAGCUCGGAGACGAUACAUGCAUCCUUGGGAUUGGCGACCACGAUCUUAGCUUUUAUUCAACCGUUUAUGGCAGCGGCGAGACCUCACCCAGGAGCACCGCGAAGACCUCUUUUUAAUUGGGCGCACUGGUUUGUUGGAAAUGCGGCACAGAUUUGUGGCAUAAUCGCAAUUUUCUUUGCGGUUCGACUGAAUAAGGCCAAACUCCCGGAAUGGGUCGACUGGAUUCUGGCUGCCUACGUGGUAUUCCACAUUCUGACUCAUCUCAUCCUGACGUUCGUUGGAUGUGCCUUUGACAAACAGGCAAGUCAGAGGGUGAAUUCAUUCCCGAUGAAGGACAUGCACUCUCGUGGUUCAAUGGUCCAUCCGGAUGCAAGACAGGAUGCUCCUCACGCUGGAAUCAGGAAAUUUAUCUUCGGCAUAUAUUUCGUCGUGAUCGCCCUAUUCACCGCGGCUCUCAUUGUAAUCACUGUACUGGCGCCUAUAGAAGAUACAUGGGUCACCUUCACAAACACCAUUAAAAACUACUAAGUCGCCGUUUGACGACGAAUCGAGCGUUAAAUUUGCAUCGCCUGACCACGCGUCGUGGCACGUUGUUGUGUCGGAAGUAACACUGCGAUAAGUUUCAAACCGUUUCGCAUAUACUCAUGUGACUGUUUGUAUGUAAAUGAGUAUUGAAUUGACAUAAAUUAUCGUUUACGGGAACAAUUUAAAGCGUGAGUAAUGCAUAUACAUAUUAUUUGAUAUAUCGAAUGUUGAAAAGUACGUAGCUCGAAGUUUCUAAUAGUAGAAACGUAACAAAUGAUAUUAUCGUGUUACAAGCGACAAUACGUGGAAUAUGUACGAUCCUCUCAUCUACUCUAAAUAUUUUCACAUACUUCCAAUGUCCAACUUUCUCUUACUUGGUAGACUGAAUUCUAACAAUUGAUUAAAUAAUUGCUCGUGCAAAUUAUUCGUACAAAUGUCCGUCCAAAAUAAGAGUAAUAGCUUAAAUAUUUUAUUUUUAUCUUACAUAAGAAGUAUACAUUAAUUUGUAUACGCCUGCGAUAUUAUUCGCAGCAUAUUGCUGUUGGAAGUCCACAAAGAGUUUUCUCCGCAAAGGUGCUUUUACAUUUAAGUUCCCUUUACCGGUUAGAUAUACACAUAUUAUCCAUAUUUAUGAUGCAACAUUUACAGUAUUAGCGUUUAUAAUAUAUUUUCGAUUUUUACACUUGUUUAGAUUUAUUUUGUACUACGAUAAGCAUUGUCCUGCACGUGAGUGCAAAUAAGAGUUUGUGGAAGUGUUGUGGAAUUGCGCUUGAUUAACCGAUAUGAUAGUAUGUUUCAUAUGUUAUUGAUUGUUAAUGAAUAAAAAGUAUAUACGGAAUCGCGUGUUUCCUCAUUGUGAGAAGUAAAUAAGUAUAAUUCAGUUAUUUGAAAUUACCUCUUCGAUUCGAAUUUACAGACUAAGGUGUUCAAAUAACGAUAUUACAUUGUACGUAAGUGCAGAUAAAACCAUUAUCGGCGUUUUUCACAAUGUGCAAUUUCUUCGUUGCAACCUCGUUAGUGCAUCGCUAUAAUCUUAUCCCGUUCCACAUUUUCGAUGCUCCAAAUUUUCUAUAGGGAAGGCUAUCCGUUUAUCAUUAAGGUUUCACAGUGAAUAAGGAUGGUGGCUGAACUCGAUUAACUGGAAAAGGCCGUUGUUAACCAGUUUAAAUUUGAAUUAACUUAAGAGAUAAGUGAAAGUCGCAAGUCGAAGAAAGAUCCUCCUGGAUUUUAGCAUCUUUUAUAUCUCAGAUAUCGUUAUGCUAUCGAUUGUUAACUGCGUAUUUCAACUCGUUCAUUUGUACGCUUUAUGUAUAAUUACUCUUAUGAUAUAUCUACAGAAGUGUAUCAAACUCUCGACGUUCUCAGAUCUUCUAUUUUCGCUAGAAUUUGCAAAUUAUUUUUUUGUUAAUUAAAUUUCUAUACAAAUUACGAGCGUUCAUUUAUAAUACUCGAAAUUAGUAGAUGCACGUAUUCAGUGAAAUAAUCUUGCACGUUAUAGCACUAACGUCUAGAACGUGGAUGUUUGUGCAAUUAUAAUAUGCAGACGUGAAAUACGUGAAAUAGGAAAACGUAAUAUACGAGCGUACAUUGACGUGUGCGCAAAAAUUAUGCGAUAAGUAUAUUGGGAAUAUUCCGCAAUAAUGGAACAUUCCAUUCGCAACGCGUGAUUAUUAUAAUUCAAAUUGCCAUUGAAUGCAGUUACAUGUGAAAUUUUUGCCUCGAAGUCGUACUUCACUUUGAUGCAAUUCUUUCUUUAUUUUCAAGUAUACUCAUUGGAUAUUUUAAAUAUUGUUUAAUAAUCAAAUUAAUAAUAUUCCAGGCUGAUCUACUUUUAUUCGCAAUUUUAUAUACAUAUGUUUGCACAAAU